AUGGAAAGCCAGGAUAGUUCUGAUGGUGUCUCUGUUGCAAUUGGAGUAGCUGCUGCUGCUGGAUUAUGUGUGUUUAGCAUUUACAGAGUUGAUGAGUUCUUGAACAGAAACACAGUGGAUGAAUCAGAACCUGAGCUAGAGCCAGCAAUCAAAGCCCCCACUGCACAAGUAACCUCAGAGCCAGCAAUGGAAGCUGCUAGUGCACAAUACCCUGACUUGAAGCCUCCAACAUCUCCGACACCAUCGCAUCCAUGA